AUGAAGAAUGAGAAAGUGGUCAGAGAUUCCUCUCCUGUGGCAAAUGAAGAUGCAAAGAAAGCAGCACCGAUCCUGAGAGAUGUUGGCGCGGAUCUCUACCUUGAGAUCCAGGAUUACACAGGCGAAGAGCUCGAGGCUGAGAGGAAGAUUGUCCUGCGAAAGAUAGACCGGGUCAUCAUGCCGCUGAUCUGUGUUACGUACAUGAUCCAGUUCUUGAACAAGCUUUCACUCAAUUACGCCUCUGCAUACGGCCUCAUCGCAGACUUAGGACUCCAGGGCCAACGAUACUCCUGGGUUGCCGCGAUAUUCAACUUCGGUUAUCUAGGAGCCGCGAUUCCAGCCAAUCUACUGCUCCAACGAGUACCGGUGGGCAAGUUCACGGGAGGCUGUCUCGUGGUCUGGAGUAUUCUACUCUGCUGCCAUGCCGCCGUUCACAACUAUGCCGGCAUGCUGGUCAUCCGAUUCAUGCUCGGUGUAUGCGAGGCCGGCAUUUCUCCAGCAAUCAUGAGUAUCUGUGCCAUGUUCUACACGAGGCAGGAGCAGCCAUUGCGGAUGUGUACGUUCCUGGCGUUCAACGGUAUGGCAACGAUGGUGGGUGCUUUACUUGGUUUCGGGCUGGGCCAUGUCAACAGCAAAGCUAUCACCUCCUGGGAGCUCAUUUUCGUGGUCAUCGGCCUCAUGAACUUCGUCUGGAGCUUUGUGUUCUUGGCUUUUAUGCCCGACUCUCCAGCGAACGCACGCUUCCUCACGCACAAGCAGAAGGUCGUUGCUGUGCAUCGCAUCGCAGCAAAUAUGACCGGAGUCAAGUCGAGUGCGUUCAACGCUGCUCAGGCCGUGGAGGCGUGUCUGGACAUCAAAGUCUGGUGUCUGACAUUGAUCGGGCUGGCCAUGGGAAUCAUCAAUGGAGGAGUGUCCAACUUCCUAUCGGCGCUGAUCAAAGGGUUCGGAUUUUCGGGAAUUAAUGCGACCCUAUUACAAUUGCCAACUGGUGCUCUAGAAUUCCUUCUCGUCCCACUCCUAGGAAUUGCUGCUGGCUUCUGGCGAAACACUCGUUGUCUGUUCCUGGCAGUGGCCUGCUUGCCUGGACUGGGUGGUCUGCUUGGCAUUCGGUUCACCAAUCUCGACCAUCGCUGGUCUCUGGUCGGAUCAUGCUGGCUUCAGUUCAUCUUCGGCGGCGCUGUAAUUCUAUGCUGGAAUCUAAUGACAACGAAUAUCGCAGGGCAUACCAAGCGAUCAGUCACGAAUGGACUGUGGUUUGCUUUCUAUGCCGCUGGCAACAUCAUCGGUCCCAACAUCUUCUUUGCCCGCGAGGCACCAAGAUAUCAGUCUGCCAUCACAGGUCUAGUGGUCUGCAUGAUCGGCUCGGUCGUACUUGCUGGUGUUCUUGCCGCACAUAUGGCGUGGGAGAACAGACGGCGAGAUCGAGCCAUGGCCGCGGAUGAGACUGUGGCGCACGGUAUCGAGGAAGCCAUCCUCGAAGGCUUCCAAGAUCGUACGGACAAAGAAAGCAAGGGCUUCAGGUACUGUCUUUAG